ACACCAAAAUUGAAGAGAGAGAAAAACAAGAGAGUAAAAAUGGAUUCCAAUACAAAUACUAGCAAUUGCAUAACCCAUUUUGUAGACAAUGGUAGUGUUGAGAGUCACAGAUAUUACUUAGCACGUAAAACAAUCUUUCAACUUCUUAAUGACAGAGGUUACGUCGUUUCCUCCACUGAGUUCACUCGCUCUCUAUCCGAGUUCCGUGCUGAGUUCGGCCACAAUCCUGACCCUCUUUCCCUCCGCAUUUGCGUUCCUCACCGAGUUAACUCGUCUUCUAAGAUUUUGGUCAUAUUUGGUGGAACUGAGGAAAUAAGAAAAGCCAAUAUCCUUUCCAUUUUCAAUCAAAUUACUAACAAAGAGAGCUUGGACCGGAUUAUCUUAGUGUUGCAGAACAAAAUGAAUCACCAUGCUCGCAAAGUUGUGGAUGAAUUCCAAAUCAAAAUUGAGAUAUUUCAGAUCACUGAAUUGAUGGUCAACAUCACAAAGCACUACUUAUCACCAAAAUACGAAAAGCUGACUGUUCAAGAAAAGGAACGUCUGCUACAGAAGUACCAAGUGAAUGAUCUACAGAUGCCGCACAUGAAGGAGAACGAUGCCAUUGCUCGCUACUAUGGGUUUGAGAAGGGGCAAGUCCUCAAAGUUAGCUACACAAACCUUGGUGGACUGGCAGGUUCAAUGGUUACUUAUCGCUGCAUUGUGUAAUGGUGCUUCACAUAUUUGUUCGCAACGACUUCACAGUUAUAGACUGACUGAGGGCCUUGGUAUAUUGCGUUUACAUAAUCUAUGAAACUGUUAUCCAAUCCAAAAACUUUUUGCCUGCUUCACUGAAGUAUUAUAGGAAGCAUAGAACAUGUAUAUACAAGAUGCUGGUGCUUUGACUAUGUAGUGAUUGUAGUCCAAAUAGCACAGAAGCUGCUUGUCUGCUGUAGUCUACUGGAGCAGUUUAGUCCCUGCAAUAUCACCCUUACCGGAUCGAUGGAUCCUAAAACUCUUAUCAUGUUCAACUUUUUUUUUUUUGUGAAGGACUAGUGUUUUGUUUUCUCUUUCCCCCCUUGUUUUUAAUUGUUCUCUAUUUUGAAGGACAACUUUUUAUCAUAAUCUCGAAUGUAGAAUAUUAGCGAGAGAAAAGCAAAUUGCAAGGGUUUUUAUAAAACUUGUGCACCAAGUGCAUAGACUUAGCUAUUCGUAUUUUCACUUUGUUGAACAAAAUUGAUAAAUAUGGCAUAGUUGAUUAAGGACAUUAUUAUCGUAAUUGACAUGAUAACUCCACCUUGCUCUCCUUAUCUUCUUAGAUAUCAAUCAUAUACUUAAUUGACUAUGCUAUAUAUAUUUGUUUUGUUGAGCAAAGGUAAAAAUAAAUAACUAAACCUAUGCAAGAACAACUAAAUAACUGCCUUCGUAGUUUAUGUGAAUAAAAAAAACAAUACAACCAAACUGUUCGUACAUUGUUGCCUAAAGUAGCCACUAAGAACC